AACCAUCGACGACAAGUCGAAAAGGGAGGUUCCCAACGAAUCCAACCAAGGCUGCCCUUUUUGUCACGGCGAUCUUCCCUCUUCCCGAGGAUACCGACCGAGCAUUUGAAUCACCAAGAUUCAGAAUGCGGACCGCAGCCUCUGGCGCCGCUUUUGCGGCACUUUUGCAGAUCUCAAACUCCGUUCUUGUCACCGACGGUUCCUUCUGCGGGGUGCAGUGCGGGAAUGUCGCCGACGCGACCACCGCAUCAGAUAUAACGUGCGAUCAGUCAGCGUACGCAGUUUCGCCAGCAGGAGCCGUCUUCGAGAAGUGCAUCCGAUGCGAGACGGCGAGCAACUACACGGCCCAUGGCCAGACAGAUCUCCAAUGGAUGCUGUACAAUAUCCGCUUCGCCACAUCCUAUUGCCUGUUUGGCGAACCGCAUAACCCAGAUAUUGGCGAUAGCCCAUGUCGCACGAGUCAUGCGUGCGGCCUCUUGAAGGAUGCAAUCCAAUGGAACAACCUCACCAUCGAGGCGGGGCCGUACGACUUCUGCCAGAGUUGGUUCCGCGACCAAGUUGAGGGGUGCAACGAAUGCCUUGCUGCCGGCAACCAAGAAUAUCUGGGAAACUUUGUGACCAUGAUGGAUGCCGCUUGCCUGCAGAAGCCUGCUCCUGGCGAUAGGAUCUCCAUCGAGGGCGACCCCUUUUCUACCACCAAGGUCAAUGUCACCACGCCUUCACCCACUCCGCAGUACACGUUCACGCCGGACAACUCGCCCCUCAACCUAGGGGCGCGUGUCGGCAUCGCCAUUGGCGGCAUCAUGUUUCUGCUUGUCCUGGCGGGCUCCUGCAUUGUGUGGAACGGCAAGCGGAAGCGGCGGGCGUUCUUGCGCGAGCUGGAGACGCGCAACCACCACCAGGGGUGGCCGCACCCGAAGACUCCGCACAGCGGCAGCGGGCCCGACAUGUUUGAGACGCCCCUGAGCCAAAAGCCGCUGCGCGGCUGGGGGGAUAGCCCCGUCAGCGCAGCCACCGAGACCCCGGACAUCGCCUUCCCGCGCUACUUCAGCCCCUACUCGAGCACGUAUAACAGCCCCGUCAGCGCUGCCGAUGGGCCCAGUACCAUGAACUGGCCGACGCUGAACCCCCAGAAGCUGGACGAGGCCCUGGUGCCCGACCCGGCCCUCCAAAACGUGCAGCAGCAGGAGCAGCAGCAGCAGAGCCAGCACCCUCUCCGCAGCCAGCCGACCGCCUUCACCCACUGGCCUACCUCGACGCAGGAGAAGCUCAUGCAGAUGCAGCACGAGCGCGAGCAGCAGGCCGCCGCCGACAUCGGCAUCGGCAUCGCCCUCGGGGGCGACGAGGCCAGCCUGAGGUCCAAGGACUCGAACCCGCAGUUCGCAGCCAACCCCGCCGCCGGCGGAGCAGCCCCGGCGGCCGGGCAUGGCCAGGACCCGUACGAGGCGAUGUCGACGGCGACGGCGCCCGCAGCGGCAAAGGGCAAGGACCGCCGCUACUACGACGAGGCCUACGAGAUGUACGAGGUCGACGGCGAGCGGCGCGCCAGCCCCGUCGCAGUGGCAGCUGCUGCUGCUGCUGCUACUGCCGGCGACCGCCUCGCCAGCAACAACCCGUACAGGGGAGUGCCGGCCGAGCCGGCGCCGCGGGCGCCCGUGCUCCAGCACCCGGGCUACGGCAGGAGGCCGUCAAUCAGGCGGCCCGGGACGGCGGGCUCGGUCGGCUCGGUUCGGUACGGCGGCCUGACGGAGGAGGAUGCGCGGAGGGGACAUGCCUUGUGAUUUGAUCUGUCUUCCUCCUGCUUUCUCCCUCUCUCCCUCCCUCUCUCUUUUUUCUCCUAGUUCUGUUGUGGGCUCGGCGUUUCGGGGUUCUGGGGAAAUAAAUGAUACCUUACCUGACCUGUA